AUGGUCAACAUACCUCACCAACAUAACCUCAUACGCAACAUACCUCACACCAACCAUUACCUCACAACAUCACUCACACAACAAGCACACCAUCACACCAAAUCGCACACCACACCAUACCUCAACAAACAUACCUCACACUACAUAACCUGCACACCAACAUACCUCACACCAACAUACCUCAUACCUCAACAUACCUCCACCAACAAUACUCACACAACAUACUCACACCAACAUACCUCACACCUCACACCAACAUACCUCACACCACAUACCAUACCUCACACCAACAUACACUCACACCAACAUACCCUCACACCAACAUACCUCAUAAACCAUCAUACACUCACACCACAUACAUCAUACCUCACACAUACAUCACCUCACACCAACAUACCUCACACGCCAACAUACGCUCACACCAACAUACCUCACACCAAAUACGCACCUUCACACCAAUCCUGCACACCAACACCUACACAGCCAAACAUACCUCAACACCAACAUACCUCAACGCACCAACAUACUCACCCAACAUACCACAACCCACCUCACACAUACCUCACACCAAACAUACCUCAGCCACCAUACCAUACCUCACACCAACAUACCUCAACACCCAACCACUCACACCAACAUACCUGCAUACCAAACAUACCUCACACCAACAUACCUCACACCAACAUAGCGCUACACCAACAUACCUCACACCAACAUACUCACACGCAACAUAACUCACGCAACAUACCUCACACCAACUACUCAACCAACAUACCUCACACCAACAUACCUCACACCAACAUACUCACACCAACAUACCUCAUACCAACAUACCUCACACGCAACAUACCUCAUACCAACAUACUUCACACGCAAACAUACCUCAUACCAACGCACCUCAAUACCAGCGAAGAGCCAGCAUGGGCGCGCUUAUCUGUGACAGACUCGCUCUCCUUGCUUAAUGAAAAUGGCGACCGAGACGUUUGUGGAAGGAAGGAUGGGGGGGAAAGUACGCUACGAGGACUGAGAUGUUUCAACGCCGAUGUCACCGAAGUAAAAUGUGCAAAAGCUUACAUCAAAGUUGGUGGUAUUGAACUGAAGUGUGAUGCAAUUAUCGUUAUGGACGUGAAAGGCGACAAAACUGACGUGACUGAAGUGAUGUGUGGCACCGUCGAUGGCACUGACAUGAGACGUGACAAUAUUGACUUUAUUAAAGACGAUAAAUGA